AUGGAGAAAGGAAUCCAGAGGAUUGUUGCUUGGCUACCAGUCUCGGGAAGAUUCGCUCGUGUUUCACUUUUGGGUAGUAGACUGGAUGGUGAUCCCACAGUGUUGUUGUCCGAUUUUACUGGCUUGAUUAUAUUGAUGAUCCCAGGUAAUCCUGGAAAUGAGCAAUUCUACGAGCAUUUUGGACAGGUUGUUCUGAAUAAGAUAUCAAGAAUUAUGCAAAUAUCGGAGGGAAGUAUACUCUUCUGCACAGUAUCUCACCUGAAUCAUGUUCCUAUACCCAGAGAGUAUUCAGAAAUGAGCAUCUGCAACUGUGACGAUCGUAUUUCAUUGGCUGAGCAAAUUGAAUAUAAAUUCAAUUUUUGUCUUCAAUAUUUACCCAAAACAGCAAAAUUUAUUCUCAUUGGACAUUCUAUUGGUUCUUACCUCAUGUUAAGGAUAUUACCUGAUUUGCUGAAGUAUGAAUUCAAUAUUAUUCGUUGUAUAGCUUUAUUCCCUACUAUUGAGCAUAUGGCGGAAUCUCCAAAAGGUGAACAUCUUUUACCAUGGUUGAAGAAGUUCCGUAACUGGGACGGUGUUGUACAGACGCUGUUCAGCUGUUUGCGAUAUUUGCCUAAUUCUGUGAAAGAGCGCAUCUGUACUUUCGUCAUGGGAAAUCGAUGUCAGUACUUUCCGCCCUGCAUACUACGAAGUGCUGUUGAAAUUGUUGAUAUAAACGUCAUUCGAAAUAUUAUUUUCAUGGCAGUGGACGAAUUACUUACGGUUUCGAACUUAGACGAAUCCCUUCUGCGCCAUAGUGAUCGUUUCCGUUUCCUGUAUGGAACUACGGAUCAAUGGUGUCCGCUGCGUUAUGCUUUAGAAAUGCAAAAAAGGCUUGGGAAAGAUCUAGUUAUAAUCGACGACAAGAAGUGCGAGCAUGCUUUCGUGUUAAAUCAUGGAGAAGUGGUUGCCACUGAUGUCGUAAAAUGGAUUACUGAAUGUUAUGGUUGA